UGAAAGGUGAGUAUAACAGAAGGCUAUACACAAUGAGUGAAUGGCAUACACACCCCAUAUACAUAGUGUAUACAUAACAAUACCCAUCUCACACACAUAUCACGCCCAGGAGCUGACACUUUAUGCGUGACUGUUACAUGAAGCCUCUCUGUGCCAGCACCAGCUCUGGAGAUGGGGCAUUUACAUAAGAAAGCACUAGGUGGGGUGCCCUGUGCUACAUCUGCCGGGCGCAGUAUCACAGGAGAAACAGUGGUCCACCUGAGGACACCAGUGAGACAUGACCUUCAUGCUGAGCCCCUGGGAGCCCACCUAUGUGUCAGGCUUUGACUUUCCAUGCAUGGAGCCCCUUCUUCUGGAGGAGAACUGCCCCAGAGAUGUGAGUAGGGUCCUGAGGGAGGCAGACUCCACCGAGGAGCUGAAGAAGAAGGACAAGGCCUGUGUGAGGAAGAAGAACUACCAGCGCUACGGCAAGCCCCCCUACUCCUACCUGGCCAUGAUUGCCAUGGUUAUCAGGUCUUCCCCCGACAGGAGGCUCAAGCUCUCCCAGAUUCUGGAUGGAAUCAGCACCCUGUUCCCCUUUUUCCGGGGAAACUAUCAGGGGUGGAAGGACUCGGUCAGACACAACCUGUCCUCCAAUGGCUGCUUCAGAAAGGUUCUGAAAGACCCACUGAAGCCUCACGCUAAAGGGAACUACUGGACCGUGGACAUUACCCAGAUUCCGGCAGAGGCCAUGAAGCUCCAGAACACGGCUGUUACCCGGCAAUACAUCUAUCCGCAUGAUCUGUCCCCUUACAUUAUCCACGGGCGGCCGUACCCGUCCCUAGGGUCCUACCACAAUCACCCGCAGAGAGGCAGCACUCCCAUCAGUGCCGAACCAGAGCUCCAACCACCGGCAACGGCUCAGCCUCUGGCACCGGCUCAGUCUCCAGCACUGGCUCAGCCUCCGGCACCGUCACAACCUCCGGUACCGCCACAGCCUCUGCAUAUGGACCCAGCAGUUACUUUCCCAAUGAUUCUCUGGAAUCUCCCCACAUCUUACUCCAAAUGUGUGGCCCCCAAUGUGGUGGCCCCUCCUAGUAUCCACCCACUCAUGCUGUACUCCAGCUUCCCAUCCCUUCCUCUCUAUAACUACAUGCCCUCCCCUUACACUGGCACCGCCUACCCAGAGAGGAGGGAAGCCUUCUCCUCCAGCCUCCAGCCACAAACGCCCCUCCCACAGCGACCAGCCGAAAUAAGAAACACUUCCGCUGAUUACCCCCCCAAUAAAACGGUGUUUGAUGUCCCGGCGUAUUCCAUGCACCCCGGCUACAUGGCCCACCAUAGUGUAUACGGCCACCCCAUGGCACACGUUGGCUCCCCUCUCACUGGGUACCGGCCCGCGGGAUACUGACUUGUUAGGAGAUCAGACAAAGCUGUUUCUAGGCCAAGUGAUAACACUUUAGUCCUAUGUACAUACUGGCACUUGCCGCUUCCCGCGCCCCCGGGAGAUGGAGUUUCUGUUUAUGUCCUGUCGUCUUUUCUUUUCACCCUUCUCAUUCUCUCUUCAUUAUGUAAAUAAAUGU